UAGAGAGAGUGUUAUGUAACAAGAAGAGAGAGGAAGGAAAACAGUUUGCUUGUCCUGGUAAAACUACAGCAGGAGAAGAGGAAAGUGUCAGAAAUACAGCAGAGGAACCAGCAGCAUUCAACAUGUCUUUUGAUCUGACUGAGAAACCAACUCGACCAGAACUGUUUGACUUCCAUGGAGUCUCAAUGAUUCACUAUUUCACAGACAACUGGGAAAACGUUCAAAACCUUCAGGCCAGGCCAGAUGAUAUACUUAUUGCAACAUACCCAAAAGCAGGAACCACUUGGGUCUCCUACAUCCUUGACCUGCUGUAUUUUGGUCAGACAGAGCGUCAGACAUCCAUCCCAAUCUAUGAUAGAGUGCCUUUCUUGGAGCUCAUACUCCCAUCUGUGUUUACAGGAAAAGACAUGGUGGACGACCUCCCCACUUCUCCUCGACUCAUUAAAACUCACUUUCCAGUCCAGUUUGUGCCAAAGUCCUUUUGGGAACAAAACUGCAAGAUUGUCUACGUGGCCCGUAACGCCAAAGACAACAUGGUGUCUUUUUUUCACUUUGAUCGCAUGAACGUGGUUCAACCAGAGCCCGGAGACUGGAGCAACUACAUCCACAGAUUCAUGGAAGGAAAGAUGGUGUUUGGAUCCUGGUACGACCAUGUGAACGGCUGGUGGAAGAAGAAACAAACUUACUCAAAACUCCACUACAUGUUCUAUGAAGAUCUGAUUGAGGAUACUGGAAGGGAAAUAGACAAACUCUGCUGCUUUCUUGGCUUGUCUCCUUCAGCCGAGGAGAAGAAAAGAGUCACAGCUGGAGUGCAGUUUGAUGAUAUGAAAAAGGACAACAUGGCCAACUAUUCUACAAACCCAGUUAUGGAUUUCAAAAUUUCUCCUUUCAUGAGAAAAGGGAAAGUUGGUGACUGGAGGAACCAUUUCACUGUGGCCCAGAAUGAGCAGUUUGAUGAAGACUACAAGAAAAAGAUGAAGGACGCCACACUUCAGUUCCGCACUGAAAUUUGAAGAGGGCUGAACAGGCUGUGUGUAUGUGGAAAUGGAUCCAUGACUGACUGGUCAUGUAGCCUUUCUGUGAUAAAAUCAAGUUACAGUUGCCUCUGACAGUAGAGCAGGAAUGUGGAGUGCAUCUUCUUGAUAAUUAUAUCUGAAUAUUUCUUUAAUGACAAGAGAAUGUAGUGUGCAGAUAACUAUGAUGUAAUUAACCAAACAUCCUUUGUUACUUAGUUUGUUACUAGUUUGUUACUUCUUAAACUUACACUCAUAUAAAUCAUUGCAGGUCGGUGUCCCAUUCGCGCUCGCGUGUGGCUACGCUGUUCCAACACAAACUACACGGAAGCAACAAAACCGCAAAGUUAUAUCUAGUGAAGAGCGUCUUGCAAAACAGUGUCAACUAAUCCUGUACCAGCCUCCCGACCGCGGCCAGAGGACACAGGGGAGACAAUGCUGUGUCUGCUCCGCUGCCUGCCUGCUUGCCUUCACUCACACACCGCACUCGUUCUCACUCGCUAUCUCGCUCCACCUCUCACGUGCAUGCGCGCACACUACACACUGCAGAAUAGUUAGUUUAGCUCUGAGAAUAUCUGGUGAAUGUACAGUGGACGUUUGUGCAGAAAUAAAUGCUGCAGCUCCUACAGACCAACAGAGGACUGUGCUCCGGAGCGAGUUACGUACUUAUAUUUUCUAUUUUAAUUCUAUUCUUAUUUUAGUUUUAUAUAAUCGUCAUUUAUUUUACUCUAUCUGCACUAUUGCUGCCUUAUGCUGCUGCAACAACCAAAUUCCCCUGCAGGGGAUUAAUAAAGGUUUCUCUUUUAUCUUUUGAAAACAGGAAAAGAGUCUUGAUCUACUCAUAAGGGGGCAGAAGGAGAUCUCACAGAUAUAGCCUAAUGUAGGAUACUUUAAUUUGCCAGAACAGAGUUUGAUAUGUUCUUAUUGUGCACUUUAACUGUCAGGCGAGUACGAGGCAACAAGGGAAUGGAUCCAAAUGCAGACAAUCGGGCAGACUAGGACAGUUCAGGGAUUUAUUGACAACAUGAAGGUACAUAACGUUGGCCUGACUCCAGAAGGACAGUGAGGGGCUGGACUGUAAAGAGGAAGGAUAAAGAGUUGCUAACACACCUGAAGAAACACAGUUUGGACACAUAGAAGUAUCAGAAAUCUGGGCUACGUCUCCAGAUAGACCUACCAUGGUUUUCUAAGUUAAUUUAUAUAAUGUGCCUUUUUUCAAAGUUAUGCUUUACUCAGCGAGUGGAGUCUAACAUCUGUUUAACAUGCAACAUGAGGCUAAUUAGAACAGAUUUGUAAAUGGACCACUGGUUGACUCCUUUGACUAAGAUGACUUGGAGAAGCCUCGUAAAUCAUUUUCUGACACGAUCUAUAUUGCAACUAAUUGUGAAUAAACAUUUAUUUUCAUA